UGUAUUUUGUCUUCUAGAGCUGGACAACCACCAUGUAGUUAUGAACCAUCAUUAUUCUUUAAAAUGUGGAAUAAACUUUAAAGUCAAAACCACUAACUUUAAAUGUACAAUAUAUUCAUUACAAGAGAGACUGAAUCACUUUGCAUGAUUCGGCUGAGCAGCAGACGGGAUAUGACAAAGCUUCUUUCUGUAAUGCCUCCCGGGAGAUACAAGUUCCUCAAGUUGUGAGAAAUGCAGUCUUCCCACCCACACUUUUAGCACAACAAAGAAAGAACAGAACAUUCUUAGGCACUCUGGGACUUUGGGACAGCUGAGCAAUUUUUCUUUUUCAGAAUUGCUUGGUUUGUAAGAACGUGAGGACUUCAUCAUGGUCCUUUUAUUUGGUGUAGCAGUCCCUGAACAAUACUCAGUCUUGCACUUAAGGAAAAUAGUUAUAUAGUUAUACAGUUAGCUGUAUAGUUAGACGUUUGUGUUUACACAAAAAUUAUAGUUCACUUUGGUGUACCUGAAUUCUACUUCUCAGCAGGUGGAGCCAUGUCUCAAACUCAGCAGAAAAUGGGGAGGGCAGUAGAGCUCACUCCAUCCCCAGCCUGAAAACAGGCACUAGUGAAAAGGCAACACAAACUGAACCCUGGAACCCUGAGCCUGAGAGGACGCCUUUGGCACUCACCAGGGCCUCCAAGAGUCUUUCUCUGGAGGACGCACUUCCCGAAGGGGUCUCGCUCAUGGACGAGGCUCUGCACAAAGCUCAGCAGGAGAGUCAGGAGGAAGAAGACAGCGAAGAAAAGGACAAAAGCUGGCACUCUAAAGUAGAGGAGACCAUCCAGCGCACAAUGAUCAAAAGCCUCCAACAACAACACAGCAAAAGCAGCGAAGAAAGCCAAGGCUCAGCCCCUCAGACUCCAACUUCCAGUUCUCCAGCGCCGCCUAAAGAGCUUACACACAGUGGACCCCUUUCUCCCAUUCUGGAGGGCGAGAAGAAACUGCUGGAACGGAGGAAUAGUGAGAAAGUGGGUAAGGACACGCCAGACAAAACCAAACAGCGAAUGCCUAAAAAAGCAGCAUCAUCAGCCAACCUGCUGACCAGAUCUCCGAGUCUAGAGGGCCGAGCUAAAGACCUCCUCUCCAACACAGGAUCCCAGGGGUCGAGGAGAGGAACACAGGGCCAGUCAAUCAAAAUGUUCAUCCGUGGGCGGCCGAUCACUAUGUACAUUCCUUCAAACAUCCAGAACUAUGAAGAACUUAAGAUGGACCUUCCUUCUGAGAAGCUGGAAUUGGAUUGGGUCUAUGGAUAUCGAGGACGCGACUGUAGGGGGAACUUGUACAUGCUUCCAUCAGGGGAAGCAGUGUAUUUUAUAGCCUGUGUAGUAGUUCUUUACCACGUCACCAGACGAACGCAGCGCUAUUACCGUAAACACACAGACUGUGUGCGAUGUCUAGCAGUCCAUCCAAACAAAGUGCUCAUAGCAUCCGGACAGACAGCAGGUGUGGAUAAAGAUGGCAAGCCUUUACAGCCGUUUGUACACAUCUGGGACUCCACUACACUGAUGACCCUGCAGCAGAUCGGUCUGGGCACGUUUGAGCGAGGUGUCGGAUCUGUGGCCUUCUCAAGUGCAGAUGCUGGGACAUUUCUGUGUGUGAUUGAUGAUUCCAAUGAGCACAUGCUGUCUGUCUGGGACUGGAACAAAAACACCAAAAUUGUUGAAGUAAAGAGCACUAAUGAGGCUGUGUUUGCGGUGGAGUUCAACCCUUCAGACACCAAUAACAUCAUCACUUGUGGGAAGUCUCAUGUUUACUUCUGGACCCUGAGUGCUGGCACACUGACCAAGAAGCAGGGCAUCUUUGGCAAAUAUAAGAAGCCCAAGUUCAUCAUGUGUUUUGUGUUCAGUUUAACGGGGGAUGUAUUAACAGGUGAUUCCGAAGGGAAUAUCCUUACAUGGGGCAAAUCAGCAGCUGACAUCAAGACACUGGGCAAAGGUGCAAAAGAGACAUUUCAGAUUAUGAAGCAGACACGAGCGCAUGAGGGCAGCGUCUUUACCCUGUGUGUCCUGCAGGGCGGCGCUCUGCUAAGCGGCGGUGGGAAAGACCGCAGGAUCAUCCGCUGGAGUGCAGAUCUAGCACCUGAGAGGGAGUGUGAGAUUCCAGAGAAGUUUGGAGCGGUCCGUACCAUUGCAGACGUGGAUGGAGAGGAGUUGCUUGUUGGAACGACCCGAAACGCAAUUCUCCGAGGCACAUUUUCAGAUGGGUUUGUGGCCAUAGUGCAGGGUCACGUAGAUGAGAUGUGGGGUCUGGCCACACACCCCUCUCAAAACAUCUUUCUCACUUGCGGCAAUGACAAACAAGUGUGUGUGUGGAACGCUGAAGAGCACAGCCUGGACUGGUGCACCACUCUAGAGGAGUCAGGUCUGUGUGCUGAUUUCUGUCCCAGCGGAUCUGUUGUUUCUGUUGGACUGAGCACUGGAAGGUGGCUGGUGCUGGACCUGCAGACCCGAGAAGUGGUGUCUGAUUUGACUGAUGGAAACGAGCAGCUCUCUGUCAUGAGAUACUCACCAGAUGGCAGCUUUUUGGCUGUUGGUUCCCAUGACAACUUCAUUUAUAUUUACAGCGUGACAGAGGGGGGUCGGCGCUACACACGCUUUGGAAAGUGCACGGGUCAUUCCAGUUUUAUCACACAUCUUGACUGGUCCAAAGAUGGGAAGUAUAUCAUGUCUAAUUCGGGGGACUAUGAAAUCCUUUACUGGGACGUGGCUGGAGGCUGUAAACUGCUGCGAAAUCGCUUUGAGAGUAAGGAUCGUGAGUGGGCUUCCUACACAUGCGUUUUGGGCUUCCAUGUCAUGGGUGUGUGGCUGGAGGGUUCAGAUGGAACAGACAUCAACGCUCUGUGUCGCUCUAACAGUGAAACGCUGGUAGCAGUGGCUGAUGAUUUCUGCAAAGUUCAUUUGUUCCAGUAUCCAUGCCCUAAACCGAAGGCACCCAGCCAUAGGUAUGACGGUCAUGGCAGUCAUGUGACAAACGUACGCUUCACUCACAGUGACAGUCACCUCCUCUCACUGGGUGGGAAGGACACAUGUAUCCUCCAAUGGCGAGUCAGGAGGGGCGGGGCUGGGGACAACAAGGACCAUCCAACCUCUUCAGUUCCUCCCUCCUCUUCCGCUGGCUCUCUAGAACCAGGGAGCCAAAUUGAGAAGGGGAUAGAAUGAACAGAAAGAAAGAAAACAGACACCGAAAAGAGAAUAUCAGGUUGCACAAACUAAGUAUAAUUCAGUUUGACCGUGCUGAAAAUCUCAUCAAGUUCUUGAUCAUGUGUCAUGACCAACAAGGAGUGAAAUGUUGGAGUUGCAUGGAGUUUUCACCAUGUUUACAUGUUAUACUAUGCAAAUUCUCUAGAGAGGUGGAUCAAGACUUUCUAUGUGUAUUGUGAUAUUACAAUGUCAGCAAAAGUUUUUGUUUGAUUAAUGUGGCUUUACGUGGCAUCAUCCCAAAAAAAAUCAUUCAAAAACAAGUGUCCCAUUUAUCAUACUCAUCAUAGUACAUGUUUACAUUACUGAGCUCUUUCUCCUGUUAAUUUCCUUUGCAGCUAUGUGAAACGUGACUAUGACUUACUAAAUGUGUUUUUUGUCUUUACACUAUUAAACAUAAAUCUUUCGUCUGUGUAA